AUGGAACAAGUGUUGGCUAACUUGGAGAAUAGAUCAAGUGUUGUUGAGACUGAGGAUGUGAUAGAAAAUGCGCAGGAGUGUGAAUCUUCUCAGGACUAUGAUGUAUCAGAUGAGAUUGAUGCCUCACAAGAAGUCAGUGAUGUCCCUCAGGAUAUUGAUCUUGAUGUUCAAAACCUUGAAGGUUCUGAGGAUCCUAAAGAGGCUUGUGUUUUGGAAUAUGACUGCAGUUUAGAUGAUCAAUAUGAUGAAGAGUAUAGUGAGGAAUUUGAAGCCCAUUUAUCUCCAGCAACAGCAGAGUAUGAUGCCAUGGUUGAAUAUGUAGAUGUAGAAGAACCAGAUGAAACAGAGGAAAAUGAUGUAACUGAGGAGAUGGAAGAGGGUAUGGAAGACUUAGCCGAGGUGCCAGAGAUAAUGGAUGAGGCCACAGAGGAGCUGACAAAAGUGGAUCAACAACAGGAAGAAGUUACCAAAAAUGUUCCAGAAGAGAAACUUUUAGAAGCCCUUCCUAAAAAACGUGUGCGCCCCACAUUCAAAGAAGCUGCACUGAGAGCCUACAGAAAACAGAUGGCUGAGCUGGAGCAGCAGAUCCUGGCUGGAGACAGCAGUGCUUUGGAUACACAGCCUCGCAGUAUUUUGGAUCCCAAACUGCUUGGCCUGCAGUCUAUAGGGGCUGGCAGUAUUCUUUAUGGCAUUGACAGCAUGCCAGAUUUACGCCGAAAGAGGACAGUGCCUCUUGUCCGAGACCUGGCAGGCAUCUCGUUUGCUCUAGUGAACCGCUCUACCCUGAACAAUGAGGAUCUGAAACUCCAUGUUCUCAAGAAGACCCUGCAAGCAUUGAUCUACCCUAUUUCCUCUACAACGCCUCACAACUUUGAGGUCUGGACAGCCACAGCUCCCACUUACUGUCAUGAGUGCGAAGGGUUGCUCUGGGGCAUCGCUCGCCAAGGGAUGCGCUGCUCUGAAUGUGGUGUCAAGUGUCAUGAGAAGUGCCAGGAUUUACUCAAUGCUGACUGUUUACAAAGAGCUGUGGAGAAAAGUUCCAAGCAUGGAGCAGAGGAUAAAACACAGAAUAUUAUCAUGGCUAUGAGAGAACGCAUGAAGAUUCGAGAAAAGAACCGUCCUGAGGUAUUUGAAGUCAUCCAGGAAAUGUUCCAGAUUUCCAAAGAGGACGUCUCCACUCAUCUGAAGACGGCCAAGCAGGCUGUGUUGGACGGCACCUCCAAGUGGUCUGCCAAGAUCAACAUUAUAGUCAUGAGUGCCCAGGGACUUCAGGCCAAGGAUAAAACUGGUUCAAGUGACCCUUAUGUAACAGUCCAAGUGGGCAAGACCAAGCGACGAACCAAGACAAUCUUUGGAAACCUCAACCCUGUCUGGGAUGAAAAGUUUUACUUUGAAUGCCACAAUGCCACAGACCGAAUCAAGGUACGAGUUUGGGAUGAGGACGAUGACAUAAAAUCGCGGGUGAAGCAGCAUUUCAAGAGGGAGUCUGAUGAUUUCCUGGGACAAACCAUCAUCGAGGUCCGCACUCUGAGUGGAGAAAUGGACGUUUGGUAUAAUUUGGAUAAAAGAACAGACAAAUCAGCAGUUUCUGGCGCCAUCAGACUGAAGAUCAGUGUUGAAAUGAAAGGAGAGGAGAACGUGGCCCCACCCCACGGCCAGUACACCUGUCUACAUGAGAACCUGUUCCACUACCUAACGGAGGUGAAGAACGGCGGCGUGGUGAAGAUUCCCCAGGUGAAAGGGGACGAGGCAUGGAAGGUCUACUUUGACGACGUGUCCCAGGAGAUAGUGGAUGAGUUCGCCAUGAGAUACGGAGUGGAGUCCAUCUAUCAGGCUAUGACGCAUUUCUCCUGUCUUUCGGCCAAAUACAUGUGUCCCGGUGUGCCAGCAGUGAUGAGCAACCUGCUUGCAAAUAUAAAUGCUUACUUCGCCCACACCACCACCACAACCACAGCAUCUGCUUCAGACAGAUUUGCAGCCUCCAACUUUGGGAGAGAAAAGUUUGUCAAAUUGCUGGAUCAGCUUCAUAACUCUCUGCGGAUCGAUCUCUCCAAAUAUCGGGACAACUUUCCCGCAGGAAACCCAGAGCGACUCCAAGAUCUCAAGUCCACAGUAGAUCUACUAACCAGCAUCACAUUUUUCCGAAUGAAGGUACAAGAGCUGCAGAGUCCACCAAGAGCCAGCAUGGUUGUGAAGGACUGCGUCAAAGCCUGCCUGGAUUCCACAUACAAAUACAUUUUUGAUAACUGCCACGAACUAUACAACCAGUUGCUGGACCAGAGCCGGAAGCAGGAUAUCCCCCGUGAGGAGCAAGGACCAUCAAUCAAGAACCUGGACUUCUGGCCCAAACUGAUAACCCUCAUGGUGUCUGUGAUCGAUGAGGACCGCACUGCAUACACCCCUGUCAUCAACCAGUUUCCACAGGAGCUUAAUGCCGGAAAGAUCAGCUCUGAGAUCACAUGGAACCUCUUCGCCUUGGACAUGAAGUAUGCAAUGGAAGAACAUGACAAGCACCGUCUAUGCAAAAGUACUGAAUACAUGAAUCUUCACUUCAAAGUCAAAUGGUUCUAUAACGAGUAUGUCCGUGACCUGCCAGCUUUCAAAGGUGUCCCACCCGAAUACUCCCUUUGGUUCGAGCCAUUUGUAAUUCAAUGGCUGGAUGAGAAUGAGGACGUUUCCAUGGAUUUUCUGAACGGUGCACUGGGAAGGGACAAGAAGGAUGGGUUCCAGCAAACAUCCGAUCACGCCCUGUUUUCCUGCUCAGUGGUGGACGUGUUCACUCAACUCAACCAGAGCUUUGAGAUUAUCAAGAAACUGGAGUGUCCAAACCCACAGGCUUUGGCUCAUUUCAUGUGCCGCUUUGCCAAGACUAUCAACAAAGUUCUUCUGGAGUAUGCUGCGAUCAUAUCCAAAGACUUCCACUUGUAUUUGAGCAAGGAAAAUGUGUCAUGCAUUCUUCUCAACAACAUUCAGCAAUUGCGAGUCCAGCUGGAGAAGAUGUUUGAGUCAAUGGGGGGAAAACAGGAAGAGGGUGUUGUGUCCUUCUGUAAGCUGGACGCAGAGGCCAGUGAUCUACUGAAAGAACUGCAAAAUAAACUCAACACAGUCCUGGAUGAACUCAGCGGCGUUUUCGGUUCAAGUUUCAAACCUGUAAUUGAAGAUUGCGUAAAGCAAAUGAACACAGAGCUGGUGCAGAUGAAGGGUCCAAUCAAAGGCAACAACCCCGCAAUGGAUGCCGAGACUGUUCUACGGCCACUCAUGGACCUCCUGGAUAAAAACUUGAUGCUAUUUGCCAAGAUCUGCGAGAAGACCGUGUUGAAACGGGUCUUAAAGGAGCUUUGGAAAAUAGUGUUGAAUAUCAUCGAGAGAACCAUCGUUUUGCCACCGCUGAGUGACCAAAGCCAAGGGGCUCAGAUGAUCUUUAGUGCCGCCAAGGAUCUAGGACAGCUUUCCAAACUGAAGGAGCAUGCUUUUCGAGAGGAAGCCAGGAGUUUAACUCCACGUCAAUGUGCAGCCAUGGACUUAGUGCUCCCCACUAUCAAGCAAUAUUUCCAUGCUGGUGGAAAUGGAUUGAAGAAAACCUUCUUGGAAAAGAGUCCUGAUAUGAAGUCACUCAAGUACGCGCUCAGCCUUUAUACUCAACCUACAGAUGCCUUGAUCAAGAAAUAUAUAUGCACCCAAACCUCUCAAGGUCAGUCAUCCAAUGGAUCGGUGGGGGAGGUGUCAAUGCAAGUGAAUCUCAUCUCUCAUCCUGGCACCGGGGAACACAAAGUCAGCGUCAAGGUGGUGGGCGUGGACAACCUCAUGUGGCAGACCAACGCCAUGUUCCGGCCCUUUGUGGAAGUCAACGCCGUGGGACCUCACCUGGCUGACAAGAAACGCAAAUUCAGCACUAAGACCAAGAACAACAACUGGUCACCAAAGUAUAACGAAACAUUCCAGUAUGUCCUGAGUAAUGAACACGGUCCAGAGUACUACGAGCUGCAUGUCUCAGUGAAGGACUACUGUUUUGCACGGGAGGACCGCGUCAUAGGCAUGACCGUCAUCCCACUGCGGGAGCUGGCUGACUCAGGCAGCUGCUCAGCCUGCUACCCUCUGGUCAAGAGCAUCUCUAUGGACGAAACCGGCCUCACAAUCAUGAGGAUACUCUCCCAAAGGACCAACGACGAAGUGGCUAAAGAGUUUGUUCGCCUAAAGACAGACACACGCUCAGCAGAGGAGGUGUCGUAA